AUGGAGGGUGCUGUUGACCCUGAAACCUAUUACACCAAGCAGAACUGCAUCGGCGGUGGGAGCUUCGGAAAGGUAUACAAAGGAGUCGAUAAGCGAACAGGUCAAGCUGUCGCGAUUAAAAUCAUCGACGUCGAAAAUGCUGACGACGAAGUCGAAGAUAUAAUUCAAGAAAUUUCUAUCCUGUCCGAGCUCAAUUCGCCAUAUGUCACCAAAUAUCACGCAAACGGUCAAGUCAAAUUGGCAGAUUUUGGCGUCUCUGGGCAGCUUUCUGCAACCAUGACCAAGAAAAACACCUUUGUCGGCACCCCUUUCUGGAUGGCUCCAGAAGUUAUCAAACAAUCAGGAUAUGACCACAAAGCAGACAUAUGGUCCUUGGGAAUUACGGCCAUUGAAUUGGCGCAAGGCGAGCCGCCAUACGCUGACAUCCAUCCAAUGAAAGUUCUCUUCCUGAUUCCCAAGAAUCCGCCGCCAGUUCUGCGAGGAAACUUCAGCAAAGCGUUUAAGGACUUUGUUGAAUUGUGCUUGAAGAGAGACCCAAGAGAGCGUCCCUCAGCAAAGGAGCUUCUCAAACAUCCUUUUAUCAAACGAGCAAAGAAAACUACGUAUUUGACGGAGUUGAUUGAGCGAUCAGAACGAUGGCAAGCUGUUCAUGGAAAUCGAUCAUCGGAUGACGAUGACGAGCAAAACUAUUAUCAACCCCCGCAUAAGCCUACUCCUGAGGAAGAGGACUUGUGGGAUUUCGGUACUGUGAGACCUGCUGGCGGAAGAGCGGGUGGACUGCGAGCGAUGAAUGAUGCGGCGGCCAAUGCAAGAACGCAGGCGCAAGAAGACGCACGAAGAUCUCCAAUCGAACCACGGAAGGGACCGACUGACUUGCAUAUCCAGCCCAAAUCUUCGAAGGAGACCAUGAAGGGCUCACCUUCACCCCCAAGAUCUCCUCAAAAAGGGAACCUCCCAAUUACACUCCCGACUUCCCCGAUAUCUGCGGCAAGAGUUCCGCUGCCGCCAUCUGUCCAGAAACAAAAGGCUUUCCAGGAAUCGGCACCCAAGACACCUUCACACUUUGCAAAACCCCCACAACCUCCCAAUAAGGAAAGUCCCAGCACGAGUGAUUAUGACAGAGCGUUGCAAAAAUCAUUAGCUCAAGAUAUCGGGUUUCUUCGACUUCGUGAAUCCCCUGGCGACUCGAACGCUUCACACCAAAUACAACAACCCCCACCUACAUCCACUCCCGCAAUUGGUCCAAAACCCACGGCCAAAGAGCAGAUCACAAGGAAGCCGGUUGGUAUGCACAUACCUGAAAUACCGCCAUUCAAGGGACAUCAGGCGGACGCACUCCGGGAUACAUCCAAUCAAUCACCUAGUCCAACAACAACACAGGCCACACGGCAACAAAAAUCCUCUAAACAACAUCCCCUUCCACCUCUGGCACACCAUCCCUUAAGCCCUAUUCAAUGCCAACAACCGUUACCGCCCAUCCACCAACAGCGACUUCCACAACUGCCGACCCCGCAACCACUAGAUGUAACGAGCAAACAGCCACAGCACCAUAAACAGCACCAGCAGCAACUUGAACAGGAGCUACAACGCCACCAACAGCAACAGCAGCAACGCAAGUCCAGCAACUCUAGCCAGUCAUCCUCCCUAGCCUUUUCGCCAGCUCCACACUCUCAAACUAAUGACAUAACCGCUCUAAGCGGCGUCGUUCUCCCUGCCCUCGAAGCUGCCCUCCGCCGGCGCACCUACAAUCUCAACGCCCUUGCCCGUAGCUCAUGCGCAGGUGUCCCUGCCAAAACCACCAAUAGUAAUAACAGCGCUAACAGCGAUCCCGUCGCAUUAGAACUCCUCCAACGACGCCAGUACGCGCAUGAGAAACUGAAGCGGCUAGUUAUCAAGGCUGCGGGAAUUUUUAAAGAGAUUGAAAGGUGGGACAAUGAGGCGCCUGUGGGAAUGGGCGGGGAUGUCAAUGCGUUUCUCGAGGGGUUCCUGGAAGAGGUGCUUGUUAGGGUUGAGCCCGAGGAAGAAGGUGUGAGUGCGUCUUCAGGUUCUCCUGCUGGUGAGGGCAUGGGUGGAGCGACGACUAGGAAGAGGUAG